AUGGAGGAGGGAUCCACUGAGGAGUUUCUCUUCAAAGACCAGGACUUCUCCUCCGAACUGCUGAGGCAGCUGAAUGCUCUCCGGCAGAGUGGGAUGCUGACUGAUGUUACCCUCUGCUCCGGGGGCUUUGAAAUCCCCUGCCACCGAAACGUGUUGGCUUCCAGCAGUCCAUACUUCAAGGCAAUGUUCUGUAACGACUUCAGAGAGAGUCGCCAGGCUAAAGUCAGCCUGAAGGGCAUCGACGCUGAGAUUUUGGAUCAGAUUAUUCUUUAUGUUUACACAGGGGAGAUUCUUAUAUCCAUUGAGAAUGUCCUGUGCCUGUUGGAGACGGCCUCCAUGCUGCAGUACGCUAAGCUGUUUGAGGCCUGCUCUGCCUACCUCCAAGACAAGCUGACUCCUGACAACUGUCUGAGCAUGAUCAGACUGGCAAAAGUCUUGAACUGCCAAAGCCUGAAUAAGAAAGCCAAGGCUAUGGCUUUGAAAUGCUUUCCUGAGGUGGCCUCUUCUGAGGACCUGAAAGACCUUUGUCCCUUGGAGCUCAUCGAUUAUCUUGGAGACGAUGAGCUCUGCGGGGAGGAGGAGCAGGUCUUCGAGACACUGAUGGUCUGGAUCCGGCAUGACCUCCAGGCAAGACAAGGCUACAUCCAAGAGUUGUUCAAGAAGGUCCGGCUUCAGUACGUCCAUCCAACUUUCCUCUUCCACUUCAUUGCCAAUGACUCCCUCGUUCAGUCCUCACCCACUUGCAGGAGCAUCCUUGAGUCAGCCCGGAGACAUAUGUUUUCCUUGUACAGCACCAACGCGCCUGACAUCAAGCCCAUGCUGCAUGUUCCUCGCAGGUACUCCAACCAAGAGUUCCUCAUCAUCAUUGGUGGCAGGAAGGACAGCCAGCAGACGAUGAGGGAUGUCCUGCUCUAUGAUGACAAGACAAACCAAUGGCUAAGCCUGGCCAAACUUCCCAUGCGCCUGUACAAAGCUUCUGCAGUGAGCUUACACAGCAAUAUUUACGUGCUCGGAGGGAUGCCUGUUAGCAAUAAGAAAAGCCCGGUCAGUGAUAACAUUUACAUUUACUCCCUCAAACUCAAUCAGUGGAGGUUGGUUGAGCACAUGUUAGUUCCACGUUACUCCCACAGAAGCUUGGCGUAUAAAAAUUAUAUUUUAUCAUUCGGUGGAAUUGGCAAAAACCAGGAAAUCCUGAAUGCUGUGGAAAGAUACGAUAGCGUCUACAACACCUGUGAGAGCAUGGCAAACAUGCCUGUUGCUGUUCUUCACCCCGCUGUUGCUGCCAAAGAUCAGAGGGUCUACCUCUUUGGGGGAGAAGACGUUAUGCAAAACCCUGUCCGGCUGAUCCAGGUUUACCAUGUCUCCAGGAAUACAUGGUUUCGGAUGGAGACCAGAGUGGUGAAGAAUGUCUGUGCACCAGCUGUCGUGAUUGGAGACCAGAUUAUCAUCGUAGGUGGGUACACCCGGAGAAUAAUUGCUUAUGAUACAAAAGGCAACAAGUUUGUUAAAUGUGCAGACAUGAAGGAUAGACGAAUGCAUCAUGGGGCCACUGUCAUCAAGAACAAGCUGUAUGUCACAGGAGGACGAUGUCUCACCGUGGACAAUGUCAUUGAGGACUUGGAUUCCUUGGACAGCUAUGAUCCAGAGACUGACACAUGGACACCAAAGGGAAAACUGCCACACAAACUCUUUGACCAUGGGUGCCUUACACUCCAGUGUGUCCCCUGUUCUAACCUUCUCUAA